CCCAGAUCCCAACACUUCUGGAACAGCUGGGUGACCUUGCCCAGACUUCCAAAGUCUCCCGAAGGAGCAGAAAUCAUGGAGCUCUUCCCCUGCCUCAUCCUUGCUUGGGUUUUGGGAAUGUGGAGUUGCAGGUGGAAAAGAGGAGCAUUUUCCCAGCGUACUUUGGAAAAGUUGGAUUUGUGAAGUGGGUAAUGGGUCGGGAGCUUUCUCAGGAAUAUUCCUAUGUCAUGCGAGGAGGAGUUAACCAGAGGAAUUUGCUUUGAUCUCUUGGAUCCAGCUGGAAGAACCUGAUAUUUUAUGGAUUUUUGGGAUAUUACUGAGGUCUCUAUGUGCUUCCUAAACCACUUCCAACCUGGCCUUGGACACUUCCAGGUUUAUCUGGAUCGUGGAUUGGGCAACCCUGAGCAUAAGCGUGGCUCUUGCAGCAUUCCCGGCGUGAUAUCCUUGGGAUGUUCCACCUGGAUGAGAGGUAGAAGAGCUGGGAACGAAUAGGACAGCCCAGUUAACGGAACCCAGCGCAGCUGCUCCAAGGACUUUAACAAGCCUGAAUUUCAGUUGGAAACCUACUCCCAGCUGGAUUUGGGAAUUGCUUUGCCUCUUUUUUCGUGUCCCAGGAAUCUGGGAGGAUGGAUACACUGAGGAACCGGACAGUGGAGGAGCUCCGGGAGCUGCAGGAGGAUUCCCAGGAGAUUGAGCGCUUGGCUUUGGAAUCCCAGGAGGUUCAGGAGCUCCAGCUGGAAAGGGAGAUGGCCCUGGCUGCCAACAGGAGCUUGGCCGAGCAGAACCUGAAAUUCCAGGUGCCGCUGGAGACGGGGCGCAGCGACCUCUCCAAGAAAUACCAGGAGCUGCAGGAGCUGGCUGGGAGGUGCAGGGAGCAGAAGGAAAAGCUGGAGAAAUUCUCGGCAGCGCUGCAGCCUCAGACUUUGCUGGAUCUCCUCCAGGUGGAAAGCCAGAAGAUUGAAGAGGAAUCUGAGAAAAUGGCUGAGAAAUUCCUGGAGGGCGAAGUGCCCCUGGAGACGUUCCUGGAGCAGUUUUUUGGGAUGAGGAAGUUGUCCCACCUGCGCCGAGUGCGAGUGGAAAAGCUGCAGGAGAUCGUGAGGAAGUCAGAGGGAUCCCAGGAGCGCACCAGGGACUCUCAGCCUUCAGUUCCUCCUCCUCCUCACGUUCCCACAGAUCCACCAAAACCAUUCCCAUCGGGAUCUCAGGCCUUCCCUCUGCCCUACAGCCCAGCUCCGACCCUUCCACCCGGCCCCAGUGCCCACGGAGCGCUGCCUCCUGCUCCUUUCCCGGGAUCUCCAGCCACUGUGGGACACGUGGCUUCCUCCCAGCCCAGCUCCCAGUCCACCUUUCCCUACCCACUUCCUGCAGCUCCUGGUUAUCCAGCAGCUUCCGCAGCUGACUCUGCGCCGGGGUAUCCCAAAUCCACCUCGGGAGGCUUUUCCUGGUCUCCAUCCCGGGGCCCACCACAGCCCUUGCCCUAUCCUGCUCCCCAUCCCUCUCCUCCCCCUGCCAGACCAGGAUACUCUCCCUACAUCCCACCUGGAGCAGGGAGGCCACAGUGUCCAUACCCCACUCAGCCCCCUCUCCCGAAUUUCCCAAUCCCAACGCAGGCUCCCUAUCCCGGGCCUCCCCCACCCUUUGGAUACCCACCACCACCUCCGAACCCUCAGCGUCCUACCUGGCCUGGAUACUAAUCCAGGACUUCUGAGGAGCAUCCUGUGCUGAUUCCUCCUUUUUCUGGGGACUGAGGAAGAGGAGGGAUCCCAGAGUGUUGCUCCUGGAUCCGUUGGUGCAAAGGAAU